AUGGACACUUUUCUUACUUCCAUCACAAUAUUAUUAAUAAUCUCUGCAACAAUUUUGCUUCCUUCAACUUCAGCUAUCAGCGUAUUGCCUUACCAUCAUGUACACAUAAAAAACCAACUGAGUAAUCCAAAAGCCACCUUACUGGUUCAUUGUAAAUCCAAAGAUGACGAUCUCGGGGUCCAGAAUAUUAUGGUAAACAACGAGUUUCAAUGGCGUUUCAAACGUAGUUUCAUAAUCAAGGACACGUUAUAUUGGUGUUAUCUGGCCCCAUCCACCAGCAACCAACACGCUGAUUUCGAGGCUUACGACGAUGCUCUUCAUGAAAGAGAGGUUGGUAAUAAUCUCUAUUGGAAGGCCAAAGAUGAUGGAGUCUACUUAUCGACGUUGAGAAAUGAUGGAACUUUUCAAGACUUUCUAUGGCAUCCUUGGAUUUCCGGAAAAUGA